AUGGGUCAAAUUCUAUCACAACCAGUUACAGAAAAAGAAUCUGAAUCAAACCAAAAUAAAAAUCUUGCUUAUGGUUUAUCAAGUAUGCAAGGUUGGAGAAUUAGUAUGGAAGAUGCUCAUUCAACAAUUUUAAACUUACAUAACUAUUCAAAUGAUGAGAACAAGACUGAUGAUGAUAAUGAUGAUAAGACCUCUACAACCACUACCAAAGAUAAAAAUUCAAGUAUAGAUCCAGUUGCAUUUUUUGGUGUUUAUGAUGGUCAUGGUGGUGAUCGUAUUGCUAAAUAUACUGGUGAAAAUCUUUAUAAAUUAAUACCAAAAGAACCUGAAUUCAUCAAGGGAAACUAUGGUAAAGCUUUACAAAAUGUUUUCCUUUCAACUGAUAGACAAAUUUUACAAGAUGAUGAAUUGAAAACUGAUCAAAGUGGUUGUACUGCAACAACUGUAUUAAUUGAUUCUGAAAAAGUUGUUUGUGCAAAUUCAGGUGAUUCAAGAACUGUUUUAUCCGUUAAUGGUUUUGCUAAACCUUUAAGUUAUGAUCAUAAACCAAAUAAUGAAGGUGAACAUGCAAGAAUUUGUGCUGCUGGUGGUUUUGUUGAUAUUGGUCGUGUUAAUGGUAAUUUAGCAUUAUCAAGAGCUAUUGGUGAUUUUGAAUUUAAAAAAUCUUUUGAUUUACCACCAGAAGAACAAAUUGUCACAGCAUUCCCUGAUAUAAUUGAACAUAAUUUAACAAAAGAUGAUGAAUUUGUUGUUUUAGCUUGUGAUGGUAUUUGGGAUUGUUUAUCUUCACAACAAGUUGUUGAAGUUGUUAGAAAGGGAAUUCAUUUACGUAAAUCUCUUGUUGAAAUUUCUGAAGCUUUAAUUGAUAUUUGUUUAGCUCCAAGUUCAGGUGGUUCAGGUAUUGGUUGUGAUAAUAUGUCUAUUGUUAUUGUUGCUCUUUUACAAGGUCAAACUUUAGAAGAAUGGUAUGAAUCAAUAAUUUCAAAAGGUGGUCCAAUUUCUGAAGAUUUUGAAACUGUUGCAAAUGAAAUUUAUUCAGAAGAAGAACGUUCUCAAGCUAUUCAACAAUCAACUCAUGAAGAAAAUGUUGUUGGUACAGAUGAAUUAAAAUCAAGUUUUUCAAUUCAACAAUUAUUAGAAAAUAAUUUAUUAACAAGUCAAAAUGGUGUAUUAUAUUUAGAUAGUUCAAAUAUCUUAAGUUCUUUAGGUGUUGAUAAAUCUCAAAUUGGUGAAGGUGAAGGUGAAGGUGAAGAUUCAGAAGAAGGUGUUGAAACUAAUGAAGAUGGUUCCAAAUCAGGUCCAGUAACAGAAUUAAAAGAUGAUGAAGAUGAUGAAGAACAAAGUUCUAAACCAACAUCAUCAGGUUCAUCAGGUUCAAAUGAAUAA